GUUGAAGCAACACAUGCUUAUGGUGGACCAGCAGCAGUACAACGAUUUGCUAGUGAAGUUGCCCGUGUACUUCGUCCAAAUGGAUAUUUUCUUUGGUGUGACUUAUGUCACAUAGACGGAUCAAAGACAUCAAUUGAUUAUUUAACAGCAAAUGGUAAACUGAUUGUUGAAGAAAAGAUCAAUAUUACAAAGAAUAUUCUCCAUGCACUUGACAUUCAAAGUAACACUCGUGCCGAAUUUAUUGAACGUUAUGUUCGACCAAGAGAACAAGAAUAUUUUCGUUUGUUUGCUGGAUUACCUGGUACUCAGAUGUACAAUGGCAUGUACGAAGGAAGUAUACAGUAUUGGCGAGCUGUAUUUCGAAAGAAAACAACAACUAUACCUAUCAUUUAA